AUGACCAUGGUGGAGAAUAACCAGAUACAUGACUGUAUCAUUUAUAAUACAAUAUCACCUCUUCGGAAACAUGAUGUACACGUUGCUGGGUCCGUGGUAUUACAUGCGAUUGCACACACGCGACUAACAACUAGAUUCGAGAAAAAUUUUAUCAACAAUCAGACACCAGAAUCUUCUGAUGACGAGGAGAAGGAUUUCUGUAAUCAAAUCGAGGAUGAUCUAGAUUAUUUGAGAUCUUUGGAUCCAAAGGAUUGGAAAAAUCAAGAUCAUUAUGCUGUUCUUGGAAUUAAAAAAUUCCGACAUGAAGCCAGUGAAGAGCUCAUCAAACAAGCAUAUAAACAAAAAAUACUCAAACAUCACCCGGAUAAACGUAAAGCAAUGGGCGAAGAAGUACGAGCAGAUGACGAUUACUUUACAUGUAUAACUCGUGCUUGGGAGAUGUUAGGAAAUUCAGCUAAAAGACGUAGUUAUGACAGUGCAGAUCCUGAUUUUGAUGACAAUAUUCCAGACGAAAAAGACGCAAAAAAUAAUUUCUUCCGUACAAUGGGUCCAGCUUUUAAGUUAAAUGCCCGCUGGUCUGUUAAGCAACCUGUACCUCAGCUUGGUGACCUAGACACUCCAAGAGACAAAGUAGAACAUUUCUAUUCAUUCUGGUAUGAUUUUGACUCGUGGCGAGAGUACUCGUACCUUGAUGAAGAAGAAAAAGAGUCUGGACAAGAUCGUGAUACAAGAAAGUGGAUAGAAAAGAAGAACAAAGCUACGCGAGCAAAACGAAAGAAGGAAGAGAUGUUGCGAAUACGGUCGUUGGUUGAUAUUGCUUAUUCACAAGACCCAAGGAUCAAAAAGUUCCAGCAGGAGGAUAAAGACAGAAAGACAGCGAUGAAACGGGCUAAGCAGGAGGCUGCCAAAGCACGGCAACAAGAAGAAGAGAGAUUGGCUAGAGAAGCGGCUGAACGUGAACGGGUUGAAAGAGAAAAGCGUGAGUCCGAAGAGAAAGCACGACAGGACAUUGCUAAACAAGAGCGCGAGGCUAUGAAGAAAGCUUUGAGAAAGGAGCGCAAAGCUUUGAGAGAUAUUUGUAAGUCGAAAGAAUAUUUUGCUGAAAAUCCGACCGAGAGUAUAAAACACAUGGAAAAUGUUGAAAAAAUUUGUGAGUUAUUUAAAUUAAAUCAAUUGGAGGAAGCGACCAAGGAAUUGCAGGCUGGUGGACGUGAAGCUUUUCUGAGGAUUGUCGGAUUGACUGAAAGUAAAAUGGAAGCCGAACGUCGAGCCGGUAUUUCUAAUCAAGCGUCAGAUUCGAAAAAUGUUCUGGAGAAGCAGGUCAAGGCUCACUUAAUACCAUGGUCAGAGCACGAUCUCCAGUUGUUAAUUAAGGCUGUGAAUCUUUUUCCCGCUGGUACAAACCAACGGUGGGAGGUAGUUGCUAACUUUAUUAAUCAGCACUCAAAUAAUGGGAUCACUCGCGACGCUAAAGAGGUUUUAGCUAAGGCUAAAGAUCUUCAGUCGACAGAUUUCAGUAAGUCGAGUUUGAAGGAGCAGGCUAAUAAAAAGGCAUUUGAUAAUUUUAUUGCUGAGAAAAAAAGUAAAGAUGCCAUUGACGAAAGAAUGCCUGCAGUCACUGAGCGAUUGGAUCCACCUGUUACUAAUGGUACGUCGAGUGAAGCGAAGGCUCAGGAACAAAAAUCUCAGCAACCGUGGACUCCGGCUGAACAAAAACUUUUGGAGCAAGCACUUAAGACUUAUUCUAACGUCGCUGGUCCUGAGAGGUGGGAUCAUAUAGCUGGCUGUAUUCCAUCUAGGACUAAAAAGGACUGUAUGAGACGCUAUAAAGAACUCGUUGAACUCAUUAAGGCAAAAAAAGCAGCACAAGUUACUAAAUAA